ACCAGAUGAGUUCCGGGUCCAAACAUACGGAGGUGUGUUCUGGAGGUCUGUGGCAUUUUUACUUGGCAUUUGCAGCGAAUGAAACUAUUUGUGCUAUUUGGAGUUUAAUGAUGGCGGGCGAGUGUAAGGAGUACUUGUUUAAAGUUUUAGUCAUCGGGGAGAAUGGUGUCGGAAAGACCUGCAUAAUAAGACGGUAUGCUCACCAACUUUUUUCCGAGAACUACAGAGUGACCAUAGGAGUUGAUUUCUCGUUGAAAGUUAUCAACUGGGACAGCUCUACUUCGGUGCGACUACAACUGUGGGACAUUGCAGGUCAGGAACGGUUUGGGAACAUGACCAGAGUGUACUACAAGGGGGCAGUGGGAGCAUUCGUCGUGUUUGACCUGACCAGGGCCUACACCUUUGAGGCGGUCACCAAGUGGAAAGAGGACCUGGACUGUAAGGUCAAGCUGCCUGAUGGUCGCCCCAUUCCAACCGUGCUGCUGGCCAACAAGUGCGACCAAAAGAACAAAUACACUGACUUCUUCUUGGACAACUUCUGCCAGGAGGCUGGGUUUCUGGGGUGGUUCAACACUUCAGCGAAGGAGAACAUCAACGUGGAGAAGGCAGGACAAUUCCUGGUGGAGCGCAUUCUGGAAAACACCAGAGAGCAGCCCUUUGAGGAGGGGAAAAACGACAGGGUAAAACUGGACCAGGCUCCCAUGAUGGCUGAGAGCGGAGUGCAGUGCUGCUAGCGAUGGGAAUAGGGAUACGCAGGAAUUGGUGGCCCUGGGCUGCCAAGAUGUGGCCACACUGGACCCUGGAAGCCUUAUCCAUCAAAACCACCAAUGUUAGGAUUGCUAACGCCAAGCAAGGAUCACUCUGUACUGGUUACCACAACUAUAUGACAUUUCAGGUGUUGUAGUGUGCUCUCCAGUGCCUCAUAUACAUUCUGCAAGUAAGUCAACAAUACAAGAGAAAUCAUCUAAUCUCAUUUCCACCCGAAGCCAUAAAACAAGAUUUUCACCUCUUGCUUUACUAAUAUAUUUCUGGUUCUUACUUACAUCACUCUGGAGCACCUUGUGCCAAUUAUUGAUUUACUUGACUGAUCUCUUUAAGCUGUGAUAAUUGUCCCACUAUGUGAUUUACACCACUUAAAAAGAAACAGAUUUACCUCUUAUGUCAGCUAUUUAAAAAAGAUGUGUAAAUACCAAAAGAAUUUAGUAACAACAUUAGUGAAAGAUCCACAUUCCAUAUUUGUAAGAUAAGAGUGCCAAAUGUGUUACAAAUCCCAGAGAAGACAUUUCCAGAAUUAACAACCAGUAGUUGUUCAUUUCCUGUAAUAUUUAGACAUGUUUUAAGCCAUGGCCUCUGAAAGAACAGCUGGGUUAUCAAACAAAGCCACUACACAGAUGAUUUUGUAGUGGCAGUAUAUUUAAGGUUGUCUAGCUAGAGAACACACCAGGGUUAAAACCAUGUUGAACAGUAAGCUUUUCAUGUUAAGUUUGAGUCGAGAGUUGUAAAUCUGAUUGCACAUGUAAAUUGACCCAUUCUUUCUGUAUGUGGUUGUGUGGCAGGAGUGAAUGGUCUAGUAGGAAAAACUGGUUGAAAUGAGUCCUCUUGCUGCCACCUCACCCAUGUGGCAGUGUUCCCCACUGUAGGCGCCAGAAGGGCUUUGUUUAGACAGUGUAGACAGUGUAGACGAUUAUUGCCUUUAAAAGACGAGCCUUUAACAGACGGAAAUAACAGGCUUACAUAAAUAAUUACAGUUCUUUCAGAACCCUUUUACAGUUUUCAGCAUGGUGCACACCAUCUCAGAAGAAGAAGAACACUUGAUUCUGAUUUGCUUAAGAACACAGAGGAAUUUGGUGGUUGCAAAAUGAAAAUUAUAAUGCUUUCGAUCAAUGGUGCAAUUUGUAAUAGGUACUUUUAUGUGAAUUUCUCUUUUAAUUGUAUUUUACAUUAAAUUGUAUUGUGUGUAUGCAUGUUUAAAUUCAGUAUUUUACCAAAAAACGGCUUAUACUAUGUAAUAUUGUACUGGUUCUCUACAGCUGAUGUGAUUGUAUUACUAUUUAAGUUGAUGGUGUCUAAUCUUACCUGAGAUGAAUAGUACUUCUAUACCU